CUCGUUCAUUCGCUUCCCAGCGACGGUGGCGUGUGCACGUUUCGUGAUACGCGAUAUUGUCCAAAGACGAUCGCGAAAAAACUUUUAGUGCAGUGACGAAUGUUCUUUGUAGGCACUUGAAUAUGAACAAGAUUCUCUUGUGCUGUGAAAUUAACUAAGUGAAAGACUGAUCGACGGCUGGAGUAUUCUGAAGAGGCUAAUUAAGAGCUAGGCUAAUUGGCGGGGCCGGCGUUUCAUGAAGUGCGAGAGGCGUACGCCGCAACAGUUAAGCGGGCGCGGGAGCCCCGGGCUGGGCGGUCAAAUGCUUGCCAUGGAUGUCACGAAGGAGGCCCGAGCGUCACCACUCCCUGCUAACGCGCAGGGUGGCACGGCUGCGCCGACGCAACCUCCUCAACCACAGAUCUGCGCGGGAUGUAACAAAGUGAUUACUGAGAGAUAUCUUCUCAAGGCGUUGGACCAGUUGUGGCAUGAGGACUGUCUGAAGUGCGGCUGCUGCGACUGCAGACUUGGCGAAGUUGGGCACACUCUCUAUACAAGAGCUAAUCUUAUAUUGUGUAAGAGGGAUUACUUAAGGUUAUUUGGAAACACUGGAUACUGCGCUGCGUGCAAUAAAGUUAUACCAGCUUUCGAGAUGGUGAUGCGUGCGCGCAACAAUGUCUACCACCUCGAAUGUUUCGCCUGUCAGCAAUGUAAUCACAGGUUCUGUGUGGGCGAUAGAUUUUACCUCUGCGAGAAUAAAAUUCUGUGUGAAUACGACUACGAAGAGAGGCUGGUCUUCGCGAAUAUGGCUUACAACCCACCACCCCUAGCUCAUCUGAAACGGCAGACAACGCAUCUUCCACCACCACCGACGAGCAGUGCAAUGGGCGGUUUGAUAAACGGUUCAAGCCGAGCUGGAGACCUCACAGGCUCCCCCGCACCUCAAACCUCUGGGACUCUCAGCGACCAGCUGAGACUAUCGCGUCUGAGGCUUACACCCGUAUGCCAAGUACCCAAACUAACUGAAAUACCCAAAGAAAACCAGCAAUGAAUUGUGACAAAACAUUUGUGUCGUGUCGAAACUUUUCGUGGUAACAAUGCCAAACGUAUUUUAUUUUGCCAAUAGAUAGAAUUUAUGGUUAAAUGUAUUUAGUAUGUUAUAAGGUGAUCUCAUAAGGCAAUUGUAUUAGAAUAAUUGUUACGGGAAAGUUGGAGAGCGGGAAUUACUGUUAUGACGUGUAAAAAUUACGUUUAUUCAUAAAAACUGAAUCAGUGUUAUUACUUUCUUGAAGGAUAUUUGUCUCUUUCCAUCAUAUUGUGUCGAUACUGUGCUGAAAAGGGACAAAUAAGGUUUUAAGAGUCGUUAUAUCGCUACGAUUCUAUGAAUUUUAGUCACUAACUAGUUUAAGAAUAUAAAAAGUAAAUUAAUUUCGAAUAAUUUCAGUGGCUUGGCCAAUAUUAUGUUUUACACGCUCAUUCGUUAUUAUUUGUAUAAUUGUAUUAUAACUGUUAAGUUUACAAAACAUUGUUAUAAUGUUUUAUUUAUGUAAAUAUAAUACGUAGCUUAUAAUUGGUGUAUAAUAUAUAGUAAAAUGCAACAUGUUUAUUCAAUAUAGUUCAAAUUAGUUACUUAGUAAUAUUAAUGGCUUAAUAUACCUGUUUCCGCAUUUAAUUAGGCAAAUAUGCAUUCCUAAUUAAUAAAGAGUAUUCUUAUGUGAAUAGUUUCUGUAAAUAAACAUGUCAGGUUCACCUUUAACCAAUGAUAUGACCAAAGAAGUAGAUUAAAAACAUUGUUUUAAA